CGUUUAAUCUAGACUUCGCAUUCUUCUGCACCGUCAGUUCUUUAAUAGCAUACCUUGGAUAUUCUGCCAUCUUUCUGAAAACAGCAGCAACAAAAGGACAAAAAUAUUAUGCUCCACUUCUUGUGAAAGUUACUAAAGAAAUGGCUGAUGUUUCACUGAAAGCGGUGUUAAAGGGAACAGGCCAGGCCGCAGGAGGAAUCUUUGGGCUGAUACUAACAUUUCCUGAUCUGAUUGAUAACUGUGAAGAACUGAUUAAAAACAAACAUCAGACUGAAGCUAGCACAUAUCUGAAGACAAAAGCUAAAGAAAUCCUUGAGACUGUGAAGAAAUUAAAAAAGCCAUUGAAUGAAUUGCAAGAGAUGCUCAAUCAAAUCCCUGAAAUGGAGUGUCACAUUGAUUUGGCUCAGGAGAUGUUUGGAUCUCAAAUAUACACACGAGGCACCAUCUGUAUGGAGUAUACACAGAGCCAAAAGCAGGACACGAAGACACAGGAGUUUAUUCUCCUAUGCACAAAAGACAUAGGAGUAACUAAGAAUUGUUCCACAGGAAAACACAAAUCGGGUGACAACAAGAACAAACGACAGAAGAAGAAGGCUACUUCAACUAUAGACAGGAGUCUUAACCAGGAGAGGAAACUUGCUUUUCCGAGGAAACCACCACACAAGUCUAAAACAAAAGUAAAGAAAUUUCAGUUCCGCCUUCCUAAAAUAAUGAUGUCUAAUGUGCGUUCUCUUCCGAACAAAAUAGAGGAGCUCCAAGAAAUGAUGGAAGAUGUGGAAAACAUUAAUUCCGAUCUGAUGUUCUUCACAGAGACAUGGUUGAACAGGAACUCGCCCAGCAUUAGCUUCGAGGGAUAUAGGUCUUACCGGGUUGAUCGUGAUGCACGGCUAACUCAGAAACGUAGAGGAGGGGGAUUGAUGGUGCUUGUGAAUGAGGCCUGGGCGACUGAUGUGGAGGUGGAAAACAUCAUUAUAACUCCUGAUUAUGAGUUAAUGGUCGUGUCCAUUAGACCACAUGACCACCCUGAGGAUGCGCCACCACUUACCUUCAUCCAUGUGUAUAUCCCUCCAGGAACUAAUAUGAGUCAAGCCGCCAGAGACAUCGCUGGUGUUUACUAUGAUGUUCUGGAGCAGUAUCCUGGUGGUCCUGUUUUCUUGUUGGGUGAUUUCAACCACUGUGACAUCACUCAUCUCUUAGACCUGGAGCAAUACGUCACAUGCCCAACCAGAUACAGUAACACCCUGGAUCAGUGCUAUGGGAAUGUGCCAGGGGCUUAUAGAUCUGAAUGCAGUCCCCCGCUUGGCCGGUCAGACCACAAUGUCAUUCAUUUGAUUCCUAAAAAGAAGUCGGAUGGAAGUGACCCUUCCAAAGAUGAGAAGUGUACACAUGACAGUACCAAAUCCAGAAAGCAAUGAGAGGCUGUGCAGCAGUUCUCUGUUGUUGUCAUGUAGCACCAGGGUUUAGUUCCACUGUGUGCUGUGCUACUAUAUGGUUUGUUUUGUCCUAUAGAUGUAGGACAGUCUAACUACUUUCAAUUAACUUACUGAGUAUAAAAAGUCAUUGAGAAAGAAGGCGACAGGAUUGUAGUCAGAAAUGGUCUGAAAACUGGCACAACAAUGAGGAACAACAUGUGGAAAACGAAUUCUCCUUUGAAUGAAGAAAAUUAAAUGCUUGAUAUACUUUUACCCUGUUAGCCCACACCAGAAAGUGGGCAUCCUGAACGCCUCUCAACUCGCACGUGUCAGUGUUUAUGAAUAGAUAAAAUGAAAUGGGCCAAAUUUAAUCUCGACAAACUAUGUAUCAUUAUAAAGAUAUAAGCCUCAAGCAUUGACGACAGAUCGCUGUUUUUCAAUGGCAAGCUUAUAAAGACUGUAUUUGCUACAUUUGUGUAAGCAGUACACAUACAAACAUGAACAUUAGAAACGCUGUACAUACCAGAUCCGUCGUAAUAACGAGUCAUAAACACAUCCAGAGCUGUAAAUCCCGGAUUAGUUAGAAAGAUAAGGGUCCACUGAACGACAUCUCAUGAAGCACGUUUAGUCCAACGAAGCAAUAACGUUGUAAUAUGGAUCAUAAUUCCUUUGUUUACGUUUCAUUUCUUCAGCGACAGAAUUGUUUGCGUCCGU